ACGCACUUCCAGAAAGAUGAAACUGAAGAGGUUCCUCCUGCGGUAUUAUCCGCCAGGAAUUAUUUUGGAAUAUGAGAAAGGAGGGGAGACAAAGAGCAAAUCCAUUGAUUUACUUGACUUGACACCAGCAGCAAACAUAGAUGCUGUAGUUGAUGAAAUCCAGAGGAUUGAACCCCUCAUAACAGCAUCUCGCACAGAGCAGGUGAAGCAGCUGGUACAAAGGCUCCAGGAAAAACUUGGUCAACAGGAUGAUCACAAAUUCUAUCUUUUUAAGGUACUUCGGGCACAUAUACUACCAUUGACAAAUGUUGCCUUCAACAAGCCUGGCUCCAGAUUUAUCACAGGAAGCUAUGAUAGAACCUGUAAAGUAUGGGAUACCUUAUCAGGAGAAGAACUGCACACCCUUGAGGGACAUAGGAAUGUGGUCUAUGCCAUUGCAUUCAACAAUCCUUUUGGUGACAAGAUAGCAACUGGCUCAUUUGAUAAAACCUGUAAAUUAUGGAGCUCUGAAACAGGCAAAUGUUAUCAUACAUUUCGUGGACAUACUGCAGAGAUUGUAUGUUUAUCAUUUAAUCCUCAAAGUUCUCUGGUGGCCACUGGCAGUAUGGAUACUACAGCAAAGCUCUGGGACGUACAGUCUGGAGAAGAAUCUGUUACCCUGACAGGUCAUUCAGCUGAAAUCAUUUCUUUGUCAUUUAAUACAACAGGAGAUAAGAUUAUCACAGGCUCCUUUGACCAUACAGUUUCUGUGUGGGAUGUGGGAUCUGGCAGGAGAAUGCAUACCUUGAUUGGGCAUCGAGGAGAGAUCAGCAGUGCACAGUUUAAUUGGGACUGUUCACUCAUCGCUACUGGAUCAAUGGACAAAACUUGCACAAUGUGGGAUGCAGUUAGUGGGAAGUGUGUAGCAACUUUGUCUGGGCAUGAAGAUGAAGUACUUGAUGUUUGCUUUGAUUACACAGGACAGCUUAUAGCAACUGCAUCGGCUGAUGGCACUGCAAGAGUUUAUAGUGCAGCCAGCCGCAAGUGUAUGCUGAAGUUAAAGGGUCAUGAAGGAGAAAUAUCAAAGAUUUGUUUCAAUCCACAGGGUAGUCGUAUUCUUACAGGCAGUUCUGAUAAGACAGCCAGGCUUUGGGAUCCUCGCACGGGCCAAUGCCUUCAGGUGCUAGAAGGCCAUACAGAUGAAAUUUUCUCAUGUGCUUUUAACUAUGAGGGAAAUACCAUCAUCACAGGAAGCAAGGAUAACACUUGUAGGAUAUGGCGCUAAAUGAAGUUGAAAUUAUUAAAGCUGAGACUGAAUUCAUACUGAACAUCCUUUAGAAGUAAGUGACGUAACAUUGUUCUAUAAGUGAAAACAGUAUUUCAGACAUUCAUCGGCACAUUCAAUACACUUUUUAUAUUAUACUAAAGCUCAUUGCCAACUGGUGAUAAUCUGGAUAGGUCAACUCGUCAAUGAAAUCUCUUAUAGUAUGUGCUGCUCUUUGGACAGCUUCAAUGCAUGUAAGAAUACAACAAUACUUGCUCUUUCUAAAAAAACUUUUGUUAAAAGAAAAUUAAACAUGACUAACAACAAAACCCCGCAAUGUUUUAAUUCUUCUGAAGUUUUGAAAUACUUGAAUUUGAUUACUGUGAAUUGUUGCAUUGCAAACUUUUAUAAAAUAGCACAAUUACACUGUUAUACCACUUAAACACUUUGUUUGUUAACAAAUAAAAAU